GGGUCACACACAGGACCAACCAGGAGCAGGAUGAUCUCAGCAUUUUGAUAUUUUACUACAAAUGGAGGAACUCGAAGAUGUUCAAUACUGUUUUCAAGACAGAAAUUCUUCUUGCAGAAAGGCUUUGCCAUUGACUUCAAUUCACUCAGCAAUCUACUUAUUCAUCUCAGUAAUUUCAGCAGUUACAGUAUUUUUGAACAUACUGGUGAUUAUCUCCAUCUCUCAUUUCAAGCAGCUCCACACUACAACCAACCUGCUCAUUCUCUCUCUGGCUGUGUCAGAUCUCCUGGUGGGGUUGUUUGCGUUACCAGUAACGACGGUAGCAGUAAUGGAAUCAUGCUGGGGAUUUGGGGAAUAUUUCUGUGUGUUUCAAUUCUACAUUACUUGUUUAUGUACUUCUUUAUCUCUGGGCAAUUUGGUCUUGAUAUCUAUUGACCGCUAUGUUUCUGUGUGUGAUCCCUUAUUGUACCACUCUAAAAUAACAAUAACAAGAACGAUGUGUUGUAUAUCCUUUACCUGGUGUUUAUGUGUCAUACACGAUGCUGCUAUUAUAAAAAACUUUGUAAAUGUACAUGUACCGAGUAGGUGUUUGAAAGAAUGUUUUAUACUUGAAGGGUUCAAUUGGGUUAAUAUCAUUGACCUUGUCCUUAAAAUGGUUGUCCCUUGCUCUAUUAUUAUAACACUUUAUAUGAAAAUCUUUGUGGUGGCCAGAUCACAGGCCAGAAAGGUGUUUUCAAAAGAGGCUGGUGUUCAAACUGUACAGGAAAAUAAGUCUGAGAGAAAAGCAACAAAAACUCUUUCUAUUGUUGUUUUCAACUAUCUAAGUUGUUGGACUCCAUCUCUAUUUGUUUUCUUUCUUUCUUUUUUAGGUGAAAAUGUAUCAUCAUCCAUCAUCUGCUUUCUGCCACUUGUUAAUUCCUUAAUUAAUCCAAUAAUUUAUGCUUUCUUUUAUCCAUGGUUCAAAGUGACAGCUAAACUUAUUAUAACUCUGAAGUUUAGGUGUUCAUAGUCCCUAUGUUUUUAUUCCCCAAUUUGACAAACAGGUUUGAUAUGGUUUUGUUAUACAAUUGUUGUAAUUGUGGAUGUCGUGGAUGUCAUAAGGUGAAUGCACCAAUUUGUAAGUCGCUCUGGAUAAGAGCGUCUGCUAAAUGACUUAAAUGUAAUGUAAAUGUAAUUGCUUCUUUCAUGUAACAAUACUCUUUCAUUACUUAUCUCUGUGUUGUCAUCAUAGAUACAUGUGGUGUUGAUACAGAAUGAUUUGGUUGGAUUGAAAUGACUAGGAGAAGGCUUAAGAAGGUAUAAGCUUGUUUUAUAAAAGAUAUUGUAGUCAGUUUGGGUUGUAUAUUCCAAAUACCAACGUCUGUGGUAGUGCCAUGUUAUUUAAUGGUAAAUAGUUUGUGCGUUUUCUGAAAGCACAUUUUGAGGAUGUCAUAAGUAAUUAUAAGCUGAGUGUACAAAACAUUAGGAACAACAACCUAAUAUUGAAUUGCACCCACUUUUGCCCCCAAUACAGCCUGAAUUUGUCAGGAAAUGGACUCUACAAGAUGUCGAAAGUGUUUCACAGGGAUGCCGGCCCAUAUUGACUCCAAUCCUUUGUUCUGUGGGUGACUGACCAAUCUUAAUACACAGGAAAUUGCUGGGUGAGAAAAACACCAUUGCCCUUCUUGACACAAUCAACACCAAUUCCCCUGGCACCUAGUACCAUACCCCUUUCAAAGGCACUUAAAUAUGUUGUCUUGCCCAUUCACCCUGUGAAUGGCACACAUACACAAUCCAUGUCUUAAUUGUUUUAAGGCUUAAAAAUCCUUAUUUUACCUGUUUCCUCACCUUCGUCUACAAUGAUUGAAUUGGAUUUAACAGGUGACAUCAAUAAGGGAUUGUACCUUUCACCUGGAUUCACCUGAUCAGUCUAUGUCAUGUUCUGUACACUCAGUCUUAUAUGUUGUUAAACAUUACCCUCUAGUGGCUCAUUUGGGACACAAUGCCUUAAACAAGUACAUUAGAGUUGAAAUGUGCAAUUCUUUAUGAUAUCAGAUAACAACCAAGUCUAACUCAAUGGUGUAUUGGGUAAGUAGUUGUAAGAUGUAAUAAUAUGAAAUUGUGGGUAACACUUUAUAAUAAUGUUCAGCAUUAAACCAUUUGUAAUCA